UGGCUUCCAAAAAAGAAAAAAAAAAAAAAAGAAACGAAAGACAGAGAGAGAAAAAAACUGAUGUGUGUGGGGAAGAAAUCUCCCAGGAAUUUCUUCAAGGUUGUAGUCAGACACAGUAAGGGCUAAAGUGACAAGAAAAGCAAGGCAAAGAUAAAACUUGGUAUUGUGAUAAGAUGUCUGAGUGUAAAGUGGGAGAUUGCAGAAACCUUUUGGGAUUACACAUGCUCAUCUUGUCCUGGAUAUGACUGAAUACAAGCUGGUUUUUCUCUAGUGACAGUUCAAAAACCCUCAAGAUUAUGUUCCUCUUCCUUGUUGCUUUUUUGCCAGUGGUUUUUAAAAUUGGUUUUGUCAGCCUCUCAGCUCUGCAGCACUGGAACUGUCCUAAUGGAUACAGAUUAAAGACUGAAAACUCUGCUUGUAUAGAUAUUGAUGAAUGCCUUGAAGGCAGUUUGGGAACCUGUGGCCAAACCUGUAUCAAUGUUCCAGGGUCCUACAUCUGCUCCUGUUUGCCUGGCUACACUUUGGAUAUUGACAAACGGUCUUGCUAUGUGAACGACCCUGCACCAUUCCUACUUUUUAGCCAUGGAAAUGCCAUCUUUAGAAUUGACACUGAAGGGACCAAUCACGAAAGAUUGGUGGCUGAUACUGGUCAGUCAACGCUUAUGGAUUUUCAUUAUACAGAAGAGAAAGUGUAUUGGGUAGACUCUGAAAGGCGACUACUUCAAAGAAUUCACCUGAAUGGCACAAAACAAGAGAGACUAUGUUACAUAGACAAAGGCAUUUCAGGAUUUGCUAUUGACUGGAUAAAUCAAGACAUUCUCUGGGCCAAUAGACAGAAAGCAACCAUAGAAGCGACAGACAUGAAUGGGAAGAAACGCCGAGUUCUUCUAAGAGAUGUUGGUCAUCCCACAAGGAUUACCGUUGAUGCUGUGCAAAGGCUAUUAUUUUGGUCUUCAGAUGGUACAGUUUCCAGCAUACACCGAGUGUCUCUCAGUGGAAGUGAUGUGAGAAAUGUUUUAAGAACCACAGAAAAAAUAAAGGCUGUCUCACUAGAUUUGGUUGACACAAGGCUCUACUGGAUCCAACAUGACCAUGGGAAAGAGAUUUCCCAUAUUGGAUCAUGUGACUAUGAUGGCGGAGCUGCUCGUUUGCUCAAAAAUUCUGUCCGACAUCAAUUGCUUGGUAUGUCUCUCUUCGCUGAGCACCUGUACUAUUCAGAGUUGAAAUCUGGUAUGAUAUGGAGAGCCAACAAGUAUACUGGAAAAGUUGUAGUCACAAUUAGCCUGAAGCCAUCAUUUUUUCCACCAGUGGAGAUAAAAGUGGUACAUCCAUUUAAACAGCCAGGUGCAAGAACAGAUUCUCAGGAUUUCGAAAAAGGAACCUGUGAUUUGAACAAAGAAAAGUGCAGAAGAAGAAUCUGCAGGCCAGAUUCAAGGACUCAUCGGUGUAAAUGUUCUAGUGGCUUUAUUUUAAGUCGAAAUAAACAGUUUUGUGAAGAUAUCAAUGAAUGUGGCUUCUGGAAUCAUGGCUGUACUUUGGGCUGUGUGAACAUCCCUGGUUCCUAUUACUGCACCUGCCCGAAAGGUUUUGUUCUGCUGCCUGAUAGGAAAACAUGUCAUGAGCUAAUUUCCUGUACAAGUAAUGACACCGAAUGUAGCCAUGGUUGCCUUCAAACAUCUAAAGGGCCUGUUUGCUUUUGUCCUGAAGGAUCUGUACUCAAAAUGGAUGGCAAAGCAUGCACGGGUUGUACAUCUCCAGAUAAUGGUGGCUGUAGUCAGAUAUGUUCUUCUUUAAGCCCGUCCUCCUGGGAGUGUGCUUGUUAUCCUGGAUACAAGCUUCAGCGAGACAGAAAGCACUGCACUGCUAUAGGUCCUAAGCCAUUUUUGUUAUUUGCAAAUGGCCAAGAUAUCCGCCAGAUCAGUUUUGAUGGAACAGAUUAUGCAAGUUUACUUGACUGGCAGAUGGGAAUAGUCUUAGCACUGGACUCUGACCCGGUGGAAAAUAAGAUUUACUUUGCCCACACCGCCUUGAAAUGGCUAGAAAGAGCUAAUCUGGAUGGCUCAAAUCGUGAAAAAGUUAUUCAUGAAGCUAUAGAUACACCCGAAGGCCUUGCUGUGGACUGGAUUAACCGUAAAUUGUAUUGGACAGACAGAGGGAAGGCAUGCAUCGAAAGGAGCAAUCUGAAUGGAAUGCAAAGAAAAAUGAUCAUCUGGGAGGAUAUCUCCCAGCCCCGAGGGAUUGCCAUUCACCCAUUUGCUAAGAGAUUAUUCUGGACUGACAUGGGAGUCAAUCCCCGGAUUGACAGCUCUUCAUUAGAAGGCAUCGAUCGCCAGGUUAUAGCCAGCACUGGUCUGGUGUGGCCCAGUGGAAUAGCUCUUGACUACUUAGCCGACAAGGUGUACUGGUGUGAUACUAAGCAGUCAGUGGUUGAGAGCGCAAACCUGGAUGGUUCUGGUCGUCGAAUUCUUGCACAGAAUGAUGUAGGCCACCCUUUUGAUGUAGCAGUGUUUGAGGAUCACCUUUGGUUUUCUGACUGGGCUAGGCCAUCACUAAUGAGGGUGGACAAGAAGACCGGCCAAAACAGGGUACGUCUUCGAGGCAGCAUGCUGAGACCCUCAUCAAUGGUUGUAGUUCAUCCUUUGGCGAAACCAGGGACAAAUCCUUGCCUUCAUGAGAAUGGAGGCUGUGAUCAGAUCUGUGAAAACAAUUUUGGAGUUGCCCAUUGCAUGUGCCAUCCAGGAUUUGGGAAAACUCAAGAUGGAAAAACCUGUCGUGCUCUGGAUGCUUCCAACACAACAGCAGGAAGCGUCUCUGUGCACAAGGAGGUAGUGCCGAUGCCAACACCAGAGACCUUACUUCGGAGCACAAAAAGCAGUGGGAUAUUCAAGGAUAUGGACAGUGGGGAAAAGCAGAAAAUCAGCAUUUUGUUGAUGGCUGAAAUCAUGGUAUCAGAUCAAGAUGACUGCACUGCACUAGAAUGUGAUGUCAAUGCACAGUGUAUUUUGCUGGAAGAUGGUGCUGUGUGCCAGUGUUUGAAAGGAUUUACCAGGAAGGGGAAAUCAUGCUAUGAUGUUGACGAGUGUGCUGUAAAUAUGGACCGCUGUAAUCGAAAUGUGUCAGGCUGUAUCAAUACGGAAGGGGGCUAUGUCUGUAAAUGCCUGGAGGGCUACACUGGAGACGGAGUCCAUUGCUACGAUAUUGAUGAGUGCAAGAUGGGGUCCCACACCUGUGGAGAGAACAUAACCUGCACAAAUACAGAAGGAAACUUCACUUGCUUGUGUGCUGAUGAUGCUUCUGGAACUGGCAUCGGUUGCAAAUCUACUGUGUCCCCCACUGUUGUCAGCAAUGAAUACUCUACACACCCUGUGCAAGGUGAUAUUGUUGGAUGCCCUCCUUCGUAUGAGUCAUACUGCCUCCAUGGUGGAGUGUGCAAUUAUGUUUCUGAUCUACAAGACUAUGCCUGCAACUGCGUGACGGGCUACGUCGGGGAACGGUGCCAGUUCAGUGAUCUGGAGUGGUGGGAGCAGCAGCACGCCGAGCGGGUGAAGAUGCGGAAUAUCACCAUCACAGUGUGCGUAGCAGUGCUGGUCCUCCUGCUACUGCUGGGGGCCCUGGCUGCCUACUGCCGCAGAAGUCAAAACUUGUAUAAGAAGAAUCUCUAUGCAGAAGCGAUAAGAGAUGCCAGCAGCCGCGCUGACAAUGAGAACGUGACACCUACUAGCAACAAGCCUCGGUUUGCAGUUGUUAAGGAGUGUAACAGUUCUCUGGAGACUAAAGCGGUUAAUCUAAUUGAGUGUGAGACAGCAGAUCCUCAUCCCGCCUGUCCUUCAGAAUAUGUGGAAGAACAGCCUAUAACAUCCGACAAAGCAGCAGAGACUUUGGCGGAAGAGGAGAAAGAACAAGGCUGUCGACAAGAGGUUCCUGUUGGUGAGAAAUCGUGUCAGCCCAUGGGAGCGGGAAAGGGCCCUCCCCAGGCUCCCUGGAGCAUCCACCCCAAGCCCCGGCUGGAAAGGGAGCCCUGCGAGCUUGCCCCAGCCAGCCUGCUGAUGCAGCCAGACUAGAAGCAGCCUAGGUUUGAGUGAGAAAAGGAGGAAGGAUGAAGUCAGUAGAGAAUGGGAACUCAUGAAACACUGAAGCAACCCUCAUUUUUUCGUUAAAAUCUGCUUUAGAAAAAAACACAAAUCAGAACAGAGAAGUCCUUGCCACUCCUUCCCUGUCAUCUCUGCUUGGAAGAAUUACUGUGAGCAAUGUAUUAGCAAUGAGUACUCUAUAAGUGUCACUUUAAGGGUCACUGCUGCUAACUUCAUUAACUGCCUGCUAAAAGGACACUGAGGGGAAAACAGACGAGUGGGUGAUUUGUCAGAGAUAAGUAUUUUCUAAUGGAGAUUGUUGCAAGUAGUGGUCUUUACACAUACACGGAGUCCAGAAACUGCCUAAAAAAUGGGCCACAAGGACAACUGCAGAGAAACUGGAAUGGAAGAUGAUGCAGGAAAAUGAGUUAAAAAUGAAUCUUUUUAUUAAAAUAUUGUUCAUGGACACUUUAAGCCUGUCCCCAGCACUGCUGUCAGGCCAGUGUAACUUCUUGGGCUUCACGAGAGAUUCCUGUAUUAAUGAUGGUCACAUCUAUGAAGUGAGAGGUAACGUUUGAGGGGAAAGGUGAUUCUUCAUUAAAUUUUCCAGCCUACACUGGUCCUUCAGAGCAUUACAGGAUUGUUUCUGGACUGAGGCGGUGGGCAUGAGUCUGCUUUCAGCCCUGUGAGGAAGCACGUGCUGGAGCUGUCCUUGCCUCACAGAAGUGUGUCUGGCAGCAAAACCUGGUCCAUUAUAUAGGACUUGGUGUGGGGAAAGAAGUCCAGCCAAUUGCUGCUCCAAAAGAACAGGAGGAGUGGGACAAACAAACAAAAAACCACCUCAGUUUGGACAGACUUCCACGUAACUGAUUUGUGCUGCCUGAUAAAAUCCAUGGGAACAAUUGGAAAACAACACCAAUUUUUCUUGUAACUGGCUUUCUAACAGCUACAGCUCCCUUCCAGUUAUUUACUAAGAACUAACUCACUUAUAAAGCUCUGUUGUAUACAGAGUUGUAGCUUAGUUGUUUAUCAUAUCAAGUGAUUUUCACCACUGGUCUUGACUU